AUGUCUUACAAUAAAGUAGAAGCUCUUCGAGAAAAAUCCGAUGCUGAAAAGUUGAUUCUUUCUAACGAUUACGCUGCUGCUAGAACGAAACUAAAGAAGGCCCAGCAGCUUUUUCCAGCACUUGAUCAUAUUGCUCCAAUGCUUACCGUUUGCGAGAUUUUGUCGGCCUCAACAAACAUAAUCCCGGGUUACGACACUGAUUACUACUGGGUUCUUCAGCUUAUGCCUUCUUCCACCAUCGCUGAUAUAAAUCGCCAGUAUCAAAAACUCGUCUCUUUGCUACAACCCAUCAAAUACAAGUUCCCGGCUACCGAAUUGGCUCUUAAGCUUUUACAGGAGGCGUUUUCCAUACUUUCUGACAAGAAAAAGCGUGUGACAUUUGAUAUAAAGCGUGGCACGAGUUGGGUGAAUUACGAAUCUUUUGAAACUAAUUCCGAGAGAAAUAGGGCCGAUAGCAAUUGUGAUAAAGUUCAGGUCAAUAACAUUAGCUUACAAGAAUCGGGUUCUUCCUCUUCUGAUGUAAUUUCCGAAGGGCUUAAAGGUCAAGAAACGGAUAUUAACUCGCCAUCGGGUGCACAAAAGGGUGUUCAUAAAAGGGUUCAGCAGGAUUUUUAUGGUUUCGAUAGUUGCAGGACAGAUGAGUGUUUUGAGUUACGGGAUAUCUGGGCGGUUCAUUGUCAUUUAACCGAGCCUUUUAUUGGGGGUAGAUACGCUCAGAUUUUUAAGAAAUCGGGAAGCGACGUUGAAGUUAUAUGGUUAAAACCCAUCCCUGUUACUGAAGGCGAACGGAGAUGGUUUGAUGCAGAUUUGCCCGUUGCUUGUGGAUCGUUUUGUUUAGAUACAGAAACAAGCGGAAUGAUCGGGUUGAAAGGGGUAUUUUCGUACAAAUGCUCGUGGGAUUCCGGAAUCACGGAGGAGUUAUUCGAGAUUUACCCAAAAAGAGGCGAAAUCUGGGCGAUCUAUCAAGAUUUUGACCUUGAAGAAUGGUCGUACAAUCCCGAUAUCGUCAAAGGGUGUUCUUUUAAGCUAGUUGAAAUCAUCUCCGAUUAUUCUAUAUAUACGGGUGUUGAGUGUGGUCCGUUGGUCAAAGUCCAUGGAUUUAAAAGCGUUUAUGAGAGACAAACCGAAGGUGAAACCAUCACGAUUCAUAUCGGUCCACGAGACCUGUAUAUGCUGGCACACAAUGUGCCAGCAUAUAGAUUCACUGGCGGAGAGAUCGAUGGGGUUCAUGAUCACAUGUUUGAGCUCGACCAGUUGGCUUUCAGAAACCCAGAUCAAGAAACCGACAAUCGAACCAUGGCUCAAGAGAAAGAUCCCGACCUUUUGGUUCCUACACCGAACCUGAACCCAAACCCAGAGACCACGGUUUUGGGAUCUAAUUGGUCUGCAAACGACUUUACAACCGGCCAGAUUUGGGCUGCAUACUCCGGGAAAGACUCGAUGCCUCGCCAAUACGUUCUCAUCAACAGUGUGAUCUCGAUCUCACCAACUCGACUAUCUGCAACUUUUUUAGAACCCGAACCCGUUUCCUACCAUGAAACCAUCUGGAAAAACCGAAACUUGCCAAUCGUAUGUGGGAAUUUCCGACCAAAAGAAUCUAUGGUCAAUCUUGACGUAAGUCAACUCUCUCAUCCCGUAACCUGCUUCAAAAGCACGACCACUUCCGUCUACAAGAUCUUUCCGACAAAAGGCGAGAUCUGGGCGGUGUACAAAAACUGGAAAUCGGGAUGGAGUCAUCUCAACUACGAUAACUACAAGUGUUGGGUGGUCGAGAUCUUGUCAGAUUUUUCCGACGGAGAGAAGAUGAUGGCGGUUCGGUUGGUGGAAGUGAAGGGUUGUCUGACGUUUUUCCAGCGGUUGCAAGGCGAAGAUGGGUUCGAAAUGGUUCGUGGGUUUUCGAGAAGGGAAAUGUCGUGUUUUUCGCACCAAAUUCCGGCAUUCCGAGUGCCCGGAAUCGGAGGGCACGGGAUUCCGGAAAGUUCUUGGCAUUUGGAACCAGUUGCUUUACCACCAAACAGUGGAAAGUGA